GAGGCUGCAGGGCGGGUAAUCACAGGAAUCGUUUCGGAGACAUCAGACGCGUCCGUCUGUCGCAUUCAGAGGUCUGAACUCGGUCUGAUACUCGAGUUGGGCUGAAAAACUAUUCGUUCUCUAUAAUUUCUUCCGACAGUAUAUGUUGUCAGGAAGCUCUACGAGUUCCCGGCUCAUGCACUGCCGGCUCAAGCUCCGCGUACGUUCAUUUUCUCCUGCCUGGGGAACCUCCGCGAAGGUGAACGUUGAGCUAGCGUGGUGUUUUUGCUCUGCCUACGCAACUGCCCAUCUCCCUGUACAUCUUGCCUCCCUUUGUUGGCCUCUUAUAUUCAUUCCUUGUUGCGGUGUGGUUGCGGCAAUUUGUAUUGUACCUUCACCUAGCGUGGAGAUCCGCCGUGUGCGGGUGACUUAUUCCUGAAUUUGAUUCUUGUUUCUCGUUGCACGAAUCAUGCCACAUGUUCGUAGUUGUCACAGGCGAGCUGCACGAAUAUCUCGGGCCGUUUAUUUGGGCUUCUGCAAGCCGCCAUGUAUUCCCGUUUGCUUGGACUCGUUGUUGCCAGAAACCGAUACUUAUACGAUUCUCCUGACAGAAUUGGCUGCUCCGCCUGGAUUGGAGGGAGACUGCAGAGGGGGGAUCCAGGAAGUGGGAGUGCAGACUUUGUCUUCUUUUUGCCGGACUGUGUGUGUCGAUGUGCAAACGGAGACCCCCCCGACUCUUUGUCAUACCCAUUCCUAUGAGAGUGCAGUUGGGAGUUCAACAGCAGUUGGGAGUUCAACAUUUGGAAGUUCCGCAGUUGGUUUGACUUUGUGCCAGACCCAUUCUUAUGACAGUGCAGUUGGGAGUUCAACAGUUGGGAGUUCCGCUGCCGCCAGCGGGCAGGACGCCUGUGUACAAACUCAGCUCUCUUUAAUGGACGCCUGUGUGCAAACAGAGAAUCUUGUGUCUGGUAUGCACAACGGUGCGGAAGUGGACGCUUCCACUGAUUCCCCAAACGUUUCUUCAAUGGAUGCUGGCGUGCAAACUCAGUUCACUGGCAAGGGCGCCUGUGUGCAAACUCAGUUCACUUCAAUGGAUGCUGGCGUGCAAACUCAGUGGGUCUACGCCUUCAUGAGCUCUACGCAAAGUCAGACGCCUGCGUGCAAGGAAGCUCUACGCCUUCGUGAGUCAGGUGGGAAGGAUGUGCAGGCAGUGGUCUCAUUAUCUUCUGACACGUAUGCAGCUCUUUCAUAUUCUUCUUCUUCUGAUGUGAAGGCAGUGGUCUCAUCUUCUUCCGAUGUGAAGGCCAAGGGGGCUUCCACGUGCUCUCAGGCCACCAUUGCCGAUGUUAAGGCAUGGAUUGACGCUGCUGGCAGUAUCAACGAGUCGAAUGCGAUCCAGUAUUUAAAGAAUGGAGUGGGUUUGUUUGCAGAACUUCUGACUGAAGGUGGGAUCCCUGCAAAGGCCAGGGCAAAUUAUGCUGUGCGGAAGCGCGGGACGUUCGAGAAUGUGCAAGCGACGUUGGAGGACCUUCUGGAAUUCUCCGAGAGGCACAGAUAUCUUACAGGGCAGAUGAACCGUGCCGAGGCUGCCAAGUUUCUACAGGAUUCCAAGUGCGACGAAUUCCGAAUCCAAUUCUAUGGACGUCCGAGGAACGAUACAACGUCGUCAUGUGGAAGCACUGCCUGCAAAGGCAAAGGCAAAGGCAAAGGUAAAGGCGCCGACAUAGGAGGUCAGGGGUUUGACGAAGUGUGUAGGUUCGGUAGGACGUUGACGGACUUUGAACGAAGGUGUAAAUCUCAGGUUUGGCCUCUGCGGUAGUUUUUCGUCUUCUUCGAGUGAUUCCUUUCAAUCCGAACUUAUUGUAUUGGAUUGUUGAUUGAGUUUUCUUAGAACAUAGUCUAUGCAUUUGUUUGAGCUCUUAUAAUUCAGUGUGUGCAUGUUCAGUUCUUAGCCAGGUCUCCUGGCUCUAUUGUCGUAAUUUUUGUUUUCGCCUCUUCAGUGUUCUCACUGUUGUAGGGUUCUGAUCCCUGAUACAAGUUAUCAGCGGCGGAGCGCAUCUGCGAUGUUCUCCCACAGGUUGUGCGAACGUCUUUGGUCUUGCAUGUGUCUGUUUCUCUAUGAGAGCGGACUGCUUGCUUGACAAUUUUGAGGCUUCGCUUCGCCUGAGACUUCGUUGGACCUGGCCUCAGUGGCCAAGAUGGUCCCAGCAAAGACGCAAAAAAGCCAGGUUGACGGUUUACCGCCGGUCCAGUACCUCGCAGAGCUCUUUGGCAUGGAUGAGCUAGAGGAAUUCCGGCGCGGUGUGCAGCUAGUUGGCUGACCCGGCCCCAACGGACAAUCAAGAUUGCUGACCAUUUUCUUGUAUUCUCUUCUCUCUACAGAGCUGUUCAGCACAGCAAUCGGAAGGGAAUCAUCAGGGGCGCUAGUAUUUGAACGAUAUUUGACAAUUUAUUUUAAGAAGGCAGAUUUUUUGCGCUGAGCAUUGAAUACCUUGAUUAUUACUAGUAUUUUAAACGGUAUAUUCUAUAUAUCAUGUUGCGGCCGCGGUGGAGGAAGAAAAACCACAUCAACUGCUGACCACUGCUGUGAUAGACCGCUUGUCAUUGCCAUCCACUGGUGUCGAGUCGAUGCAGGCGCGCGUACUCCGAAUGGUCGAACCUGAAGUUCAAGAUCCCGAACUUUGGCUUCCAGCCACGACGUCGUCGAAGUGUGGGAGGCUGACCUGGCCGACUGCGUCUGUGAGUGGUAAUCAGAUUCCAGUGCGUCCAGUCUUGUCUUGAACUCAUCGAUUGUGCUCUGUACUGGUUCCACUGCGGUGCGGAGAUCAGUCUGAGACACGCCACGUGCCAUGGUCGCCGCGAUGUCUUGUUGUAUCGAACGCAGCUCGUCUUUGAUCAAUGUGCCAAUGGCGUCGAGCGUUGGCGGACCUCCAGCUAGCGGGGCGCCUGGCAGAGGACGAGGCUUGGGCCAAUGCAGUUGGCCAGAGGGCCCUGCUCCUGACGAUACGCUUGUAUUCAAGCCGUUGCCGUCCGUUCCAUCCAUUUCGUGUAAUGAACUGUGGAUCCCGUGCUGCUUGGCUAGCAGUUCCUUGAUUGGGGUACCUGUUAUGCGCUUGUCACGACGGUCGCCCGAAGAAAUCAUCCCUAUGGUGUCGAAAG